AUCACCAUGCAGGACCAGAAGUGUAUGGAGGAGAUUACCACCAUCUUCCGAGAAGCUCCAAGUUGCAGGGAAGCCCUUCUCAACAACUACAGUAACCUUUACAAUGUGGCUGAUUACUGCGAAAAAAACUACCUCCAGGUGGAAGAUCCAAAAAAAGCCCUGGGGGAGACCAAGGCCUUCACCGCACAGUCACUGGCCAGUGUGGCCUAUCAGAUCAGCGCCCUGGCCACCAAAGUGCUCAAGCUUCUGGAUGCCCAGACCACACAGCUGCAACAGAUAGAGUCCUCUGUCAGCCUCCUCGCCCAGAAAGUAGACAUGCAUCGUGAGAAGGUGGCACGGAGGGAGAUUGGUGUUUUUACUGCGGUGAAGAGGAUGCCUCGCAGCCAUAAGAUCGUCCCACCGGCAACCAAACAGGAUCCCAACCCCAAGUACUCUCGCACCCCCAUCACCUACUCCAUCCUGGACUCCCUGGGCCAUGGUGUUAAGGAGUCUGGUAAGCAGCUUGAAAGAACCGGGACCAUGAACCGCAAACAGGCUGCCCGAGAGGCAGGGGGCACGCUCAGUCGAGGCAGUCGAGCCCCAGAGCCUGUGCAGUGCCCGGUCGCCCCAUCGAUGGCACACGGGCUGUCCACGUCCUCCCUCAGCGAUCGUUCUGUCGGGUCCAGCUUUGGCAUUGCUGUGUCACCGCCCGUAGUUCCCAACUGGAGGGGCUCAGAUGUCAGCUUCACUCUAGUGGAGGACGACCCUGAUGCUCCUUUUCUGCCGAGCAACACGGACACACCUCCUCCUCCUCCUCCCCCACCUCCUCCUCUAACUGGUUCUCUGGGUGCAUCUCCUCCAUCUCCACCUCCUUUGGCACCCAGCCUCCCAGGACCCCCCAGUCAGACCUCUAUUCCCCCUCCUCCACCUGCUCCACCCCUUGAGACUGUGGCUGGAAAAAACAUCUCCCCGCCCCCGAUGACAUCAGACAUUCCCUUGCCUCCUCCAGUUAGCGAUGGAUUUGAGCUUCCUGCCCCACCUCCUCUCCUGGAUGAGGGGUUUGGAUCAGGUCUACAGUUCCAGGCCCCGCCUCCUCCCCCCGAUACCAUGGAGAUCUUUGAUGACAUCAUGCCUCCACUCCCUCCACCAGUGGACUAUGAUCUGUCUGCUCCCCCCAAUUACCUGGAGAAAGUGAUGGCAAUGUACAGCUACAACAGCAGUAAGGUCGGGGACCUGGCCUUCAGUGAGGGCGCUGUCAUCUACCUCACCAAGAGGAAUGAGGACGGCUGGUGUGAGGGAGUGCUGGAUGGGGUGCAGGGCUUUUUCCCAGGAAACUAUGUUGAGCGCAUCGGUUAAUUAAAGUCACAGAGUGCACCGCACUGUAUAGUAGUGUACUAUGUAUGUGCUAUGCAAUAUACAAAGACUAUGCAGCGGUCUCUGCUGUUUUUACAUGAUUUUAAAUUGAAUCACAAUGUUGUAUCCCAGGUAGUAAAUUGUAGUGUAAUAACACUGUAUCACUAACCUUGGCACGUGUUACUAUUUCAUAAAUUGUGUGAAUGCUUGUUUUCA